AUGAAUUCACUGUCAGCUUUGAACACUGGAGAGGAUUGUAUCUGUUUCUGGCAAACAUGAAGUUAGACCUCUGCUAUUUCCUUCUCUUCUGCUUACAAGUUGAAGUCCUAACAGGAGAAAUCAAUGAUUCUGCUAAGUCCAAGAUGUUUACAUUUCAUGAUGGAGGAGUACAAAUUUCAUGCAAAUUCAGUGAGAUUGCCUGGCAAUUUAAAAUGAAGUUGCUAAAAGGGACAGAAGUACUCUGUGAUCUCACUAAGACAAAAGAAAGUGGUAAUACAGUGUCCAUUAAGGAUCUGAAAUCCUGUCAAACUCAGUUAUCCAAUGACAGUGUUUCCUUUUUCUUGUAUAAUUUGGACAAUUCUUAUGCCAGCUAUUACACCUGUGAACUGUCAAUUUUUGAUCCUCCUCCUUUUCAGAAGAAGAAUAUCAGCAGAGAAUAUUUGAAUAUUUAUGAAUCACAGAUGUGCUGCCAACUGAAGUUCUGGUUACCCAUAGGGUGUUCAGCUUUUGUUGUAGUCUACAUUUUUGGAUGUGUAUUUCUUUGUUGGCUUACAAAAAAGAAGUAUCGAUCUGGUGGGCAUGACCCUAACAGUGAAUACAUGUUCAUGGCAGCAGUGAACACAGCCAAGAAACCUGGAUUCACAGGUGUGACCCAUAAUUUGGAACUCUGUGGCACCCAGGCAUGAACCACGUUGGCCAGUUCCCCCCUGAUUUGAAGUGCAAGAUUCCCAUGUUCCCUGGACCAGAGAGUCAGGCUUGAUUUGAGUACAUGCAUCAUCUGCUGGUGUUUUGUUCAUUCUGAACUAGUGACUCUACCAGUCAACAGGGGUUUUAACAGGCUGCCUCAGUACUGUUGGGUUAUCAAAACACCCUAUUGCAACUAGUUUUAUAGAAAGCCCAGCUCAUGUGUGCUCAACAAAUAGACGUCACUGGGAUG